UAAAGGCAGCAUGCACUCGCUGGAGCCAACACAUCCACAACAACAAGCUGCGGCCUUCUUCCUCCGAGUUCGAGCUCGCUCGCAUACAUCCCGCGUCGUCGGUCCUCCGUUCACCUUCUCUCCCAACAUCUUGAGCUCGAUCGCAAGCCCUUAGUUUAGUUCCAUUCCAUCCCCAGCUGACCGUCAGGGUACAUAUAUGGCGAAGCACCCGAGAGACUCCGGCGCCGGCGCCGUGCCGCUCUCCCUCGCGCUGUCCCUCGGCGGCGGCGGCGUGGCCGCCGAGCACGGCAGCAACAAGAGGCACCGGCGCGCGGCGGCGGGCGGCGGGGACGGCGGCGGCGAGUUCGUCUGCAAGACGUGCAGCCGCGCCUUCGGGUCGUUCCAGGCGCUGGGCGGGCACCGGACCAGCCACCUGCGGGGCCGCCACGGCCUCGCGCUCGGGAUGCCCGCGCCGGCGAAGGACGACGCCAAGGAGACCACCACGAAGCAGCCAGCGGCGGCGUCCGCGAGCCACCUGUGCCACGUCUGCGGGCUCAGCUUCGAGAUGGGCCAGGCGCUCGGCGGCCACAUGCGGCGCCACCGCGAGGAGGCCGCCGCCGCCACCACCGCGCAGGCGCCGCCCGUCCUCCUCCAGCUCUUCGUGUAGAGUUUUAUUUGCCCGUACACGGAGAGGCCAUUCAUCGGGGGAUUUCUAGUUUGCAGUAGAGGAAUUCUUUGCGUUUCAGUCGUCCGUCUGCACAUUGUAGAUUCACAGUACAAUUGUUGGCAUAUUUGCCAAUUGAUUGAUUGAUUGAUUGAUUCAUUCAUUCAUUUAGUUACACAUGUAAAUACAUAACAGAUUAUUAUUCCUUCAAUUCUUUUCUGAA